GCAAUUCUCUGCUCUGGGAACUGGCUGGAAGUCAAUAAAAAAAAAGAGAUUUGUUCAAGAGUGGUCACGUGAACACAGUGCUCAGCUGGCUAAGAAAAUUACAACCACAGUCGUCCUCCAAAAGCAGCCAGGCUGACUGGAAAUGCUGGAUGCAGGCAAACAGAAUGGGAGCAACACCGAUGUGAUAGAGACCAGGGAGACAUAGAACCCAUUUUCUUAGAGUGAGGAAACGGGGGAAAACCAAGUCUCAGGACACGUUCUUCAGACAAUCCAAGUCAGACCAAGAUGGUGAAGAGAGAGAUAAACGUGUGGCAACAAACAUGGGCCUUAUUGUGCAAGAAUCUUCUCAGAAAAAAGAGACUGAAAAGAGACACUCUUUGGGAACUCCUGUACACAGCAUUUAUACUACUUUGUUUAUCUUUAUUUUUUGAAUUGCAUGACGUUUAUGAGUUUUCGUCACUGUCUGAUGUGGACUUGGGACGCGUUGAUUCAUUUAAUGACUCCACCUUUGCGAUUGCAUACACACCUGUCACCCCAACAACUCAGGAGAUAAUGAACCGUGUCUCUUUGGUCUCUUACAUGACAGGAAGAGAAAUAUUGGCUUUUCCAAACAAAGAAAAUAUGACAGAGUUCAUUUCAAAACAUUAUGAUGAUGCGGUGGGGAUCAUAUUCUCCACCGCUUACUCCUACCAUCUGAAGUUUAUGAAAGGAACCAGGAUCCCAAUCAUAAAGGAGCAUCAGGACCACACAGCUCAUUGUUUUCGAUAUGAACCUGCCAUUUCUUGUGACCUGUCAGCCUUCUGGAGACAUGGGUUUGUGGCUCUUCAAGCUGCCAUUAACUCCGCCAUCAUAGAAGUCACAACAAAUCACUCAGUGAUGGAAGAGAUGAUGUCACUUACCGGAAAAUACAUCAAGAUAGACUCUUUCAUUGCGCAAGAAGGAACGACGACCGACUACUUCCUUUUUUUAUGUAUUAUUGCUUUCUCCCCACUUACCUACUAUAUCUCAGCUGGUGUUACAAGAGAAAGGAAGAAGAUGAAGGCCUUUAUGACAGUGAUGGGCCUUCGGGACUCAGCAUUCUGGCUGUCCUGGGGUUUGCUCUAUGGCGUCAUUGUCUUCAUCGUGACCCUUUUCCUGACAUUCGUUGUAUAUUCCGUCCAAUUUGUCUUUAUGACUGGAUUUAUGAUGAUCUUCAGUCUCUUUUUCUUCUAUGGCUUAUCUCUGAUCUCUUUGUCUUUCUUAAUGAGUGUCUUACUAAAGAAGUCUUUCCUCACCGACUUGGUGGUGUUCUUCCUCACUGUUUCCUGCGGAAGUCUUGGAUUCGCAGCAUUAUACAGAUACCUUCCUGUGUCCUUGGAGUGGCUUCUAAGUUUGCUAAGCCCUUUCGCUUUUAUGCUUGGAAUGACCCAGCUCUUGCGCUUGGACUAUGAUCUGGAGUCAAGCGGGCACCCCACAGGCAACCCCAAUGUAGUCAUUGCCACCGUUUUCUUGUUGUUCUUUGAUGGUGUCUUCUACCUGAUGUUGACAUUCUACUUUGAGAAGGUUUUACCGGGUGAAUAUGGACGUCGACACCCACCUUUGUUUUUCUUGAAGUCCUCAUUUUGGACAGGACAAAAUCCAGCAGAUCGGACUGUCCUUGACAAUGAAAGGGACUAUGAGUUUCCUGAUGACUCUUUUGAACCUGUGUCUACAGACUUCCAUGGGAAGGAAGUCAUCAGAAUCAGAAAUCUUACAAAAGAAUACAUACAGAGGUCUAAGCGCACAGAAGCUUUGAAAGAUUUGACAUUGGAUGUAUAUAAAGGCCAGAUUACUGCAAUCCUUGGUCACAGUGGAGCUGGGAAAUCAACGCUAUUAAAUGUCCUUAGUGGACUGUGUGUUCCCACCAAAGGUUGGGUCACUAUCCAUGAUAACAAACUCUCAGAAAUGACUGACUUGGAAAGCAUCAGCAAGCUCACUGGAGUUUGUCCGCAGUGCAAUGUACAAUUUGACUUCCUCACUGUAAGAGAAAAUCUUAGGCUUUUUGCUAAAAUAAAAGGGAUUCAAGAAGUGGAUAAUGAGGUACAAAGGGUUUUGCUGGCACUGGAGAUGAAAAAUAUUCAGAAUACUCUUGUUCAAAACCUAAGUGGUGGACAGAAGAGAAAGCUGACAUUUGGAAUCGCCAUUUUAGGAGACCCUCAGAUUUUCCUCCUGGAUGAGCCCACUGCUGGGCUGGAUCCCUUUUCAAGGCACCGGGUGUGGAAUCUCUUGAAGGAGCGCAAAGCAGACCGCGUGGUCCUCUUCAGCACACAGUUCAUGGAUGAAGCUGACAUCCUGGCUGAUAGGAAAGUGUUCAUCUCCCAGGGGAAGCUGAGGUGUGCAGGAUCUUCCUUGUUUCUGAAGAAAAAAUGGGGGAUUGGUUAUCACUUAAGCUUGCAGCUGAGUGAAACGUGUGUGCACGAAAGAAUAACAUCGCUCGUCAAACAGCACAUCCCCGAUUCCAAGUUGUCGGCAGAAAGCGAAGGGAAACUGAAUUACAUAUUACCCCUGGAAAGGACAAACAAAUUUCCAGAUCUUUAUAGGGAUCUCGAGAGAUGCCCCGACCUGGGAAUUGAGAACUAUGGCGUUUCUGUAACAACUCUGACUGAGGUCUUUCUGAAACUGGAAGGAAAAUCAGCAAUUGAUUCAGAUAUUGGUGAGACAGAAGAUGUACAAGCUGGAGGGACAAGAGGCCCAGGGAGACUUGAUGGGGAGCAAUUUGUCUCUUUACUUAAUGAGAUGAGUAAGACAAAAGGGGGCAUGGCUCUCUGGUGGCAGCAACUCUGUGCAGUGACCAGGCUUCGCUUCUUGAAGUUAAAGUAUAGAAGGAAAUCCAUCGUUAUUCUGAUUCUGAUUUUGGGGAUUGGACUUCUGCAUAUUCUGUCAGCAAAUGUUCACAGGUUAGUCAAUCAGAGUGAUUACUGUUGGGAGCUCUCUCCUCAUACGUACUUCCUCACACCUGGCCAACGACCACAGAUGCCCCUCACAAACUUACUGAUCAUCAACAAAACAGGAGAAAAGAUCGAUGACUUCCUACAUUCGCUGGAGCAACAGAACAUAGCUUUGGAAGUUGAUGCCUUUGGGACUAGAAACGGCACAGAGGAUAGCCAGUAUAAUGGCGCUAUCAUCGUAGCGGGCGGUGAGAAGAAUUACAACUUUACAUUGGCAUGCAAUACCAAGAGGCUGAAUUGUUUUCCCGUUCUGGUGGACAUAGUGAGUAAUGCGCUACUCGGACUGUUCACACCAUCAGUGCACAUUCAAACUGAUCGCAGCUCAUUUCCUGAGGAUACAGGCUACACACAGUUUUACCACUUGCUUUACAUGUUCUCAUGGAUCCUUUUGAUGGCCUGCGUCCCUCCUUACAUUUCCAUGACCAGCAUUGACGACUAUAAGAACAGAGCUCAGUUCCAGCUGUGGAUUUCAGGGCUCUCCCCUUCUGCAUACUGGUUUGGUCAUGCUCUUUUUGAGAUCCCAGUCUACUCUGCACUCAUUUUGUCUGUGUACAUUGCUUUCUAUUUCUCGGCCCCUCCAGAGAGUAUGAUCACAACUAGAGAUCUGUUUAUUCAGAUCCUCUAUGCUGGUGGCUAUGCUAUGUCAGUUAUUUUCAUGAUGUAUGUGAUUUCAUUCAUUUGUCGCAAGGGGAGAAAAAAUAGUGGCAUUUGGUCACUUUGCUUCUAUAUUGUCUCUUUCAUCUCUCUAUGUCUUAUGUUAUUUAAAUUCUUUGAAGAUACCUUUUUGUUUUCUUCUAUUGCCCUGAUUCCAGUUGUUACACUGGUAGGGUGUACAUUAUUACAUUUUCAGAAUCAUGAGUUUCCUGAAAUAAGUUUGUACCCAGAAAGGUACUAUACCUAUCUGUUUUUCCUAGCUCCUUUCUUUCAUUUUCUCAUCUUCCUAUUUAUUCUUCGAUGUCUGGAAAGGAAGUUUGGAAUGAAAACAAUGAGAAUGGAUCCUGUCUUUAGAAUUUCUUCAAGAAGUGAUCGUGUAUUUAACAAUCCAGAGGAACCAGAAGGGGAAGACGAAGAUGUGAGUCUAGAAAGAGUGAGGACGGCAAACGCUUUGACGUCAGCGGACUUCCAGGAGAAGCCAGUCAUCAUUGCCAGCUGCCUUCGUAAAGAGUACAAGGGAAAGAAGAAAUGCUUCGUUCUUAAGGGCAAGAAGAAGAUAGCCACAAGGAACAUCUCUCUUUGCGUUCGCAAAGGCGAGGUGGUCGGAUUACUGGGACACAAUGGAGCUGGGAAAAGUACAUCCAUUAAGAUGAUAACUGGGGAAAUCAAGCCAAGUGCUGGACAGGUGCAGCUGAAAGGGAACAGCACAGGGGACACCCCGGAAUUCCUAGGGUACUGUCCUCAGGAAAAUGCUCUGUGGCAACACAUGACUGUGAGGGAACACCUGGAGAUAUUUGCCGCCAUAAAGGGGAUGAGCAAAAGCGAUGCUGCCGUGGCCAUUGCAAGGUUGGCAGAUGCACUCAAGCUGCAGGACCAGCUGAAGUCUCCGGUGAAGACGCUGUCAGAGGGAGUGAAGAGAAAGCUGUGCUUUGUGCUGAGCAUCCUGGGAAACCCUUCUGUGGUGCUUCUGGAUGAGCCAUCCACCGGGAUGGACCCCGAGGGGCAGCAGCAAAUGUGGCAGGCGAUCCAGGCCACCUUCGCAAACACAGAGAGGGGCGCCCUCCUGACCACCCAUUACAUGGCAGAGGCUGAGGCUGUGUGUGACCGCGUGGCCAUCAUGGUGUCUGGGAAGCUGAGAUGUAUUGGAUCCAUCCAACAUCUAAAGAGCAAAUUUGGCAAAGAAUAUCUCCUGGAGAUGAAGGUGAAGACCCCCACACAGGUGGAGCCCCUCAACAUGGAGAUCAUGAGGCUCUUCCCCCAGGCUGCUCGGCAGGAAAGGUACUCUUCUCUGAUGGUCUAUAAACUGCCCAGGGAAGAUGUGCAACCUUUAUCCCAGGCCUUUUUCAAAUUAGAGACAGUUAAACAGAGCUUUGACCUGGAGGAGUACAGCCUCUCACAGUCCACUCUGGAGCAGGUCUUCCUGGAACUCUCCAAGGAACAGGAGCUGGAUGAUUUUGAAGAGGAACUCGAUCCCUCAGUGAAGUGGAAGCUCCUCCCACAGGAAGAGGCUUAACACUGAAAUUUUUCGCUAUGGCUGUUUUUUAUUCUCUAGCUGCUUAAAGUAAUCUUGUCUUGAAUGCUACAUAGCCAUUGUAGAUGAGUAUACCAUUUGACCAUGGAGGUAGAAGGUGCUGAUUACAUCACGAGUGUACAGCUCUUAUGAAUGGGAUUAGGAUUGUGAGGGAAAAAAAGCCAUUAAAGCUAUUAUCUCACGCUCUACAAUUUUUCUUUGUAAUAUCGUCAUUUUAAAGCACAUUAAUUGUAUGCAUUCCUGAAUUUAACAGUGACAUUCCAGUAUAUGAAGGAUACCUAUCCUCUAUUCUGUCCUGUCUCAACAUCUUCCCCUCAUCACCCUUCAUAGCCCCUUAUGUCCUUCUUUCUACAUUUCGUUUUGCACGUAUUUCUACAUAUAAAAGAAAGCAUAUCCUUCCUGGAGUAUUGUGUCUUAAUUUGUUUUACAUGGCGUCCUCCAGUUCUAUGUAUUUUCCUUCAGAUAACAGAAUUCCCUUCAUUGUCACAGGUUAAUGAUACUUCAUUACAUUUCUUUAGACCUUCGUUUGUUGAUGGGUUUCUAGACUGAUUCUUUAUGUUGUAUAUUGUGAAUAGCACCACAAUAAACAUGAAUUUGCAAACA